UUUCAACAAAUCAGUCGCAGCACUGUUCACCGCAAAAAAAAAAAAAAAAACAUAAUCAAUAAGCGUUUCUAUUCAUCUUCCUCCGCCGUCACUGCUCGCUUCUAUUUGUAUUCAUCCACCGCCGCCGCCGCCAUGGUUGUUCACGCAAAGGAUGAACCCUACCUAGCCACCUCAAUCCCUAAGCGCGUCCGUAUCUUCGAAUGGAUUCAGGAGGAGCAACAGAUUUGCCUGCUUUCCCCAUAUACAGAUCUGAUUAAGGUACUGCUUCUUGAUGGAAACGUGAAGGAAGGAAAAAAAUGGCAAACUACUCAUUCGGACAUUGCUCGUGAAAUCUCAAAGAAUUUGGCCAAUAAUGCUCUUAUUGCUAAGGUUAAUUGUGGUAUUUGGGAUAUGACUCGUCCUCUUGAAGAGGAUUCUCAACUUCAGAUCUUUAGGUUUGAUGAUGAUGAAGGACAUGACACUUUUUGGCAUUCUAGUGCUCACAUUCUUGGCCAGUCACAUGAGACGGAGUAUGGAUGCAAGAUUUUCAUUGGGCCGUGUACUACAAGAGGAGAGGGAUUCUAUUCUGAUGUUUUUUGUGGUGACUCGGGAUUGAAUGAUGAUUACUUUAAACUAAUUGAGGCUGGGGCGUUGAAGGCUGUUGCGAAAAAACAACCCUUUCAGCAGUUUGUGAUAACUCUCGUUGAAGCGAGGGAGUGUGCUGCUGGUAUGGCGAAGAAGAUGUCGCAGUUUACUAGCAAGUUGUUUGCGAUUCUUAUGAAAAUGCUUUUGGAUAUUGAGGAUGAUCCAGCUUGGCACACUGCGGAGACUGAGGAUGAAGAUGCUGGUGAAACUAGCAAUUAUAGUGUUGGACAGGAAUGUUUGGAUAGGUUAUCUAUAUCUUUGGGAGGAAAUCCGAUUGUUCCUGUUGCUUUUGAACAAUUACUUGCAUAUUUGGCUGCACCUGAGUGGCAAAAACGUCUUGCUGCAUUGAUUGCACUUGCUCAGAUAGCUGAAGGAUGCUCAAAGGUCAUGAUAAAGAAUUUGGAGCAAGUGGUGACUAUUGUAUUGAAUUCAUCUCCUGAUCAGCAUCCUCAUGUAAGGUUGGCAGCUACUAAUGCAAUUGGUAGGCAAUUGUCUACUGAUUUGGGUCCAUAUUUGCAAGUUCAAUAUCAUCAGGGGGUGUUUCCAGCCCUAGCUGCUGCGAUGGAUGAUUUUCAGAAUCCUCGUGUAGAGACUCAUGCUGCUUCAGCUCUGCUCAACUUCAGCGAUAAUUGCACACAUGAUAUUUUAGCACCAUACUUCGAUGGAAUAGUUUGCAAACUGCUUGUACUUCUUCAGAAUGGUAAGCAAAUGGUGCAAGAGGGAGCUUUAACUGCUUUGACAUCAGUUGUUGAUUCAUCUCAGGAUCACUUUCAAAAAUACUAUGAUGUUGUCAUACCAUACCUGAAGGCUAUAUGGUUAAUGCAAUUGAUAAGUCCACUUGUAGAGGAGGUCAAAAGUAUUUGGUUCGACAAUCGUUUACAACGUGACUUUUCUCGGUUUGUCUUGCCUCGGUUAGACAAUCGUUUACGACGUGACCUUUCUCGGUUUGAAUUUUGAUCAAUGAAAAUAUGUGUCCUGGUAAACAGCCAUUAUCUUUCCUGUUUUGAACGCGCUUUUUCGCUUUGUUUAUCGAUCAUGGCUUCAUUUCGUUAGAGUCGCGUUGCUUCUUCUUUGGUGUUUGUCGUGCAAUUUAGUUCUUAUUAAUAGAUUAUAUCAGUGGCUUUUAUUCCCACCGACGAUCAUUCUGGUGGUGUCCCUUUUUCCACAUAUGAAUCAUAUUAGUGAUGACUUCUUCCUCCGUUGAUGGUUAUUCUAACGGUGUCUUUUAUUUUCAUGACUUACUUUAUCUUGGCAAUUUGUCCCGGAUGCACGGGCCUUGCCUUUCUCUCCUUGAAGCACGCCUCUCUCCUUGAAGCAGAUCUAAGUUUAAAUAUUUUGAGUCUCCAUUAUUAUUGGUUUGAAGCUUCCAAAUGCAGUUUUUAGAAGAACGGAACUUGCUUUGUCCAAUUGCCUGCCAUGAAUUCUCUCAGGCUGAUGAUCAAUUAGGCUAGGCUAUAUUUAUAGCAAUUCUCUCCGACUUCACAUGCAUCCCUGA